GCGUGCGUUUAUCCGUCUGUGUGUGCGCGUGUGUGUGUGUGUGUGUGUGUGUGUGUGUGUGUGAGAGAGAGAGAGAGAGAGAGAGAGAGAGUGAGAGAGAGAGAGAGAGAGAGAGAGAGAGAGAGAGAGAGAGANGAGAGAGAGAGAGAGAGAGAGAGAGAGAGAGAGAGAGAGAGAGAGAGAGAGAGAGAGAGAGAUGGAGGUGGCAGCAGGUCGGUCGUUGUCGACGUGCUGCACUUGUUUACGAAGAGUGGACACGGACGGACGAGUGCAGUGCGCAGAGUGCUUGGACAAGAGCAUUAUGAGAGCUUGCGCUCGUCGAUCGGGAGGGAGAGGUAACGCGCUUUUCUCCUCUUCGUCGUCCUCUUCGCAAUCUUCCUCCUCUCAGCGUUCGGAUCCUCGGCGGUCAUCCUCCUCGUCCUCUUCCGUCCAUUUCUCCUCGUCCUCCUCCUCCUCCUCCUCCUCCACCACCACCACCUCCUCCUCCUCCUCCUCCUCUUGCAGUACAUGUCCGGCCGGCGGCCGGGAUCCGUGCCCCCACGACAACCCCUUCGCGUCCGCCGUUCGAUAUCUGCCUUUCCCCGGCCGUCCACGUGUCGUGAUGAUCAAGAACCGGAAUCAAGCACCCGCGGCGCCCGCGGCGCCGCCAUUGAAGGGUAAUUAUUACCCUCGGAACGCGGCGGCAACCGCAGCAGCAGGGAUCUGUGCGGGGAGCACGCGUCUCGCACCCACCGCCUGUCCGGAGGUAGCAGUUCCAAGGGACACCCUGCGCUUGAACAGCGGUGGGUGUCAGCAUCACGCAAGCGGAGAACGAGGGGGCGGAGGGAAUGCGCUCGGGGGCGCGGGGAAGCCAUCGGCGUGGAGCGGCCAUGGCGGCGCCGAAGCGAUGGGGAAGCGCAUUGCUGCCGCCGCUGAAAGCGCAGCUCCGGGCGAAGUUCCCAUGGCGAUCUUGUCGGCGAAGAACCCUCCCGCUCGCGCUUGCUCUGCCCAGACCACGCUUGUGAACGCGACGACGAAGACGAAGACGAAGGUCAUGCCAUCGCUAUCGAAGGCUGUGUCGAUGGUAGAUCGAACAGCUGCGGCCAUGAUGAGCGCAGCAGAGCAGGCUCGGUCGGAGCCCACGGCGGCGAUGAAGAAGGUGCGCCUCCGCCAUAGCCGCGGAGGGGGAAGCAUCUCGUCGUUCAUGACGGUUGGCGGAGCAGAUGAAGGGUUCCUGGACGAAAUCCUGUCCAGCUUUUCGGCGCCCUGCUCGCCCGGGGAUAGGAAGGGAGAGGAGGAGAGGGGAUCAACCAAGCAGGGAGGGAGUACCAGCCCGUUGUGGGAGAGGAGGUGUUUCACGCGGCCGGCGAUGCUCGAGAUCAAUAGCGUAGCAGUGCCUGUCUAACGGGUGUGCUGCCGCUGCUGCUGCUGCUGCGGCAGGUUCUGCUGCUGCUGCCAAG